GCGUUGGAGCUGUGGAGGGGAGAGGAACGUGACGUGGCAGAGAGAGCGAGACACCGAGAUCCGGAGAUCCUGUUCAGGCCCCCCCAGUCAAUCGGUGAAGUGAACCUGCGCCCAUCGUCUGUGAGCACAAAAAAAAAAGGCCGUCUUGUGUUUGAAACGGACCGGUUACCGGCACUGCCUCAGCUUCGCCGCCUGAAGAAGAAGAAGAAGAAGAAGACGAUCGGGGAGGGGGGAGAAAACCAGAAGAGCCAGCGCGAUCGCUGACACUAAAACCGGAGUUGAGAAGUGAAUUCAGGGAGCGGUAAACAUGGGCCUCACCAUUUCGAGUCUCUUCUCGCGUCUCUUCGGGAAGAAGCAGAUGAGGAUACUGAUGGUUGGCCUGGAUGCUGCGGGUAAGACCACGAUCCUCUACAAACUGAAGCUGGGAGAAAUCGUCACAACUAUCCCCACCAUUGGGUUCAAUGUGGAAACAGUGGAGUACAAGAACAUCUGCUUCACGGUGUGGGAUGUGGGUGGCCAGGACAAGAUCAGACCCCUCUGGAGACACUACUUUCAGAACACACAGGGUCUUAUCUUUGUGGUGGACAGCAAUGACCGGGAGCGAACACAGGAAGCAGCAGAGGAGCUGCAGAAAAUGCUUCAAGAGGACGAGCUGAGAGAUGCGGUGCUGCUGGUGUUUGCUAACAAACAGGACCUGCCAAAUGCUAUGGCCAUUAGCGAAAUGACAGAUAAACUGGGUCUCCAGGCGUUGCGCAACAGAACUUGGUACGUCCAAGCUACCUGCGCCACACAGGGGACGGGUCUUUACGAGGGACUGGACUGGCUUUCCGACCAGCUCUCCAAACGCUAAAGGCCAUCCGCCGGAGACGGACGUGUUAUUUAAUCAAGGACAUGUUUAACAGAGCUGGUCUAGGCUUGGGAGAAGCGAAAACUAGUUUUGCAUUCGAUCGUUAACGGCAUUCAGAACAGAGAUGGCUUGGCAGCACAUCUUGAUUUCCCUUUUUUUUUUCUGAACAUCUUUGCUGCCAACAUUGACAAACAUUUUGUGAUGCAUAUAUAGUAAUAAGCCAUUGGUGAAGAGAAAAGUAAAAAAAAUUACGGGGGUGGGGGUGGGAGGGAGUAUGAAAUACAUUUUAACAGUUUAAAGGACAGAUCUGUGGACAGUUAUAGGACUUUCAAACCAUUUGUUUUUUGUUAACUGAUAAUUGAGAUCUUUCAAAUGUGUUUUAAAUGCAUUCAGCCCCAUUCCUUUAGCUGACUUCAGGCAUUCCUAAUGGACAGUGUAUUGGCAAACCCGUUUGUGCUUUCUGUAUAAAUGCAAAGGGCCUUGUCUGUUUAGUGUGUAGCUGCUUUCAAACUUCAAACACUAUACCUAACCCUACUGCAGCGAUCGUGCUGUUGAGAUCUCUUCUUUUUCAACUGAUGAACAGGACGCCAUUUAUACCCAAGAGGCUUUUUUUUUUUUUCCUUGAUGCAGAAAUAUUUUAAUGUACAAAAUUAGUUUCUGUGGAUUAGCUGACUUUCUAAUGUAUUUUUUGCAUGUUGCUUUUUUGCAUUGGAUCGUUUCGAUUUUUUUUGCAUUCUCACAAAUGUUUCAUGUCUGCCAUUGAAAUUGGAUGCUUCACUCAUUUGGACCUUUUUUGUUUAUGGAUCAAGUAACGAUUUCCAAUUUGAGCAAUGUCAUAUCCCAUUAACAAGUAUAAUUCCUAAUAAAAUCUUAAAAUUCCAUUUUUAGAUUUUCCUGAAAGUCUUGCAUGAGUACCCAAGACAUUCGCCCCUGCCCAAUCUCCUGUAAAAAAAAAAGUUAUUAGAUUUGCAUGCAAACAGCAGUUCAGAGUGGAGAGUUGAAUGAAGGAUUGUGCUGUUUGAAAAGGCAUCCCAUAUGGACACCUAGUAGAAAACAUCCAGCUACCAGUUUCAAUAAACAAGCGUUUAUUGGAUUUUUUUAAAUGUACACAAAUGUUUCAAUAAAUAAGGUUAUGAGCUCCUA